AGCGACCUGCACAGGAAGUCCGAAAAACACAACAUAAGGACUGAGCCUGUUACAGUCCCUGGAACGGCAACAGGGAAGUGAGGAGCUGGUGGGCGGCGUCCCAAGGUGGAGGUGAACGCUAUCAAUGGCCGCCGACGCUGGAUGGUAGGGUCCGUGCGGGAUCACCAGAACUGUGUUACUGUGCUCACCGGUCACCUGGGAGUUUUACUGCACGAGGAAAGCGGGAGCAGAGACGGGAAGUGUGGGUUUAUUUUGAAAAGGGACAGAAACAAGUAGGCUGAAAGGUACGUUCAGUUUUAAUGGAGAAGAGGACACACUUGCAGUACAUCUUCACCUGCAUCCUCGGAGCAGCGGCAAUCAUCUUCCUUGUAUAUGUCAACUUUGAGACGAAGUCAAUGACCUGGGACGCUUCGGGUUACAGGAGAACACCGCGGCCACCGCCACCACGACCAUCGCCAUCACCACCGAGACCAAUAGAACCACUGUGGGAGGAUCCUGGGCCAUAUCACGUGGCCUAUCCACGAAACUACAAAUUCAUCAUGGAAGACACGCCAACGUGUAACAAUACAAGUCCUUUCCUGGUCCUGAUGGUUCCGGUUGCACCCGCUAACAGGAAAGCUCGGGACGCCAUCAGAAAGACAUGGGGAAGUGAGAAGAUGGUUCUGGAUCAGCUAGUCGAGACUCUAUUUGUAGUGGGCCUACCUGGAGGAGCUGAUGCAGGGGAACAGCAGGAGAAGCUCAAACAGGAGAACCUGCACCACCACGACUUGAUCCAAAGUAACUUCCAGGACAGCUACCACAAUCUGACCAUCAAGACUAUGAUUAUACUGGAAUGGCUGGCUGUGCGCUGCCUCAAGGCUUCCUACGUCAUGAAGAUUGACUCGGAUAUGUUUCUCCACGUCAGUAAUUUGGUUAAACUGUUGCUGGAUCCCAACACACCCAAACAAAACUACAUGACAGGUUUGGUGUGGUGGCACAGCCCGGUUUUAAGAAACCCAUUCAGCAAGUUCUACAUGCCAAGAGAUGUUGUAGCCGAGGAAGAGUACCCCCCAUACCCCCUGGGCAUGUCCUACGUCAUAUCCUACGACCUGUCUGUGAAGAUCCUGGUGGUUUCUUCUCAGAUCAAACCUUUAUAUAUUGAAGACGUCUACCUGGGUAUGUGCCUGAAACGCCUGGGCGUUUCCCCCACUGACCCUCCUGAGGACACUAUGUUUAUUGUCGAACCUGAACAUCCUCUGAGUGACUGCAGCCUGUCAAAAGUGAUCGCAGCGACUACAACGAGUUCCCCACUGAUGGUGAGUUACUGGCAGAGGAGCAGACAUCCAGAAGCUAAAUGCUGAACUUCAUCAGGUUUAACACAUCUGAAUUUAGAACUUCUUUGGUGAUGGGGUGGCUGUUUGUUUGUAGAAGUGUUACUGUGGCAACUUGAAUGUGACAAAUAUUAAAAUUAAGCAUAUUUAUUAUGGGUUUGCAGACAACUUGGAAGCACUUUCUUGGCUGGACAGAAAAAUGUCUUUUUGUGAACUGUAUUGGCUCUCUCAGAGAUAAGAUCUGCUGAACAUUAAAUUAUAAUAAUAAACAUAACGGCUCGUGAUUUAAUAAUAAUAAUAAUAAAAAAUCUGCAUUUCAAGUUAAAUGUUUUUAAGUUUACUCCAUUUUGUCAGGUCUGAAAUAUAUUUCAAAUCUCAUUUUUUGAAAUGCUGAUCAAAAUAAAACAAUCCAGUGGACCAAAAGCGUAACAAUAUAAGUCUACGAGAAUGUUUUGUUUUGACCUGGUAUUGUAUUACCUUAAAGGAGCAGUUUACCCAAAAAUGAAUAUUCAGUCAUUCUUUAUUUAAAGUCUAAAAAAACAACUGUACAGCUCGUGUGACGUAAUCCAAGUGAGAGGUGUUUCGUCGGCAAAGAAACAUCCGACGUUCCAUUGGCCUGGUGGUGAGUAGAUGAUGACUCAUUUUUGAGUGAACUGUUCCUUUAAUGAUUAAUAUGAAUUUGAACAUAUGCGUAAUAGGUCAAGAAAAUUAAAACAUCAUUGCUCACAAAACAAAUAGCUUUUCUCAUUUCCUAAGCACCUCUUAAGUCACGCAAACCCGUGAAGCUCGUGUCAGCUACAAUCUGAUGACGAACGUUGUGGCGCAUUUUCGUUUCUCUUUGAUCUGCUGUUGUUUGGGUCGUACAUACUUCAAAACUGGAUUUAAACACUGACCCAAAGGACCUGGGCCUCGGGGCUUCAGGGCUGGAAGGUUAAAGUUACAACUCUUGAUAGUGUUAUUAAUAUUUGUGACUGUUUUUUGUGUGUGGGUGAUGAUUGCUUUCUUUGUAUGUAUUGUCUUGUUGUGAAAGUGUAAAAGUAUAUUUUGUUCUCAAAAAAAAAAAAAAAAAUUCAGUUCAAUGCAGCUGUGGUUGAAUGGUCAUUUUUACAUAAGACACAUUCCUACCCGAGUGAAAUGACUCUGAUUGGCUGAAGUGGCAGCCAUGAUGAGGAAAGAUGCUUCAGUGCCUCCUCUCUUAUCUCCUUCAGUGAAGGGUACACUGAACUGUGACGUUAUCAUGUAAAGAUAAGAUUGUAAAGGACGGAUUGUAAUUUGUCACCUCAAACUUGUUUGAGUGCUGAAAUUAAUUUCCUGCUGUGCAGUCUUCACUUGAUUUAAAAACCUCUUUGCAGUUGUAGUUGCAGCUGUCAUUCCAGCAGGGGGCAGGGUAACAUAAGAUAAAAUCCACUUGGAUCAAGUUUAUCUCAGGAUUUCUCGAGGAACGUUGUGUAGGGAUUUCCUUUGAAAAUAUAUCCAGCAUCAGGACUUUAGAUUCUCUAUGAAUAAUGUGUAAAUGCAUACUGGCUCGGAUAUAAACAUACCUGUGUUUUGAUGAGUUUUUCCUACAUUUCAGCAGGAUCUUGCCUUGCCUUUUCCCACUGGAAAGAUUUUUAAGCACCUACAAAACGAUAAAAAAAUGUCAACAUGGAAAUUAAUUUUACUGGGAGCACACUGUUACUGGUGAACAAAUGACUGAAGUUGAAACUGUUAUUCACUGCAAAUGUCAAAAGAAAAAAAAGUAAAUAAAAUACUAAAAGUCAAAAAUCAA